AUGAAGCAAUACGUGGAACUGCUUAAGACGAUUGUACCGGAAUGGGGACAGGAGGGUGCGGGCGGGAGCCAGCCAAAAGGCAGGGGGGGUAUGGGCCCCGUCUUCAGUUGCUUGGCCGCCGGCGAAGAUGCGAACGAUGACAGCCAGACAGCGGGGCCAAGGACGUUGCACGAGCUUGCGGGCGAGGGAGACGUCUCUGCGGUGGCAAGCAUGUUGGAUGCCGGCGAAGCCAUCGACGGGAGAGACGAAACGGGUUGCACCGCUCUGCACUUCGCUGCAGAUCGGGGCCAUGUAGAGGUUACGCGCUUGCUAAUCCAGGCAGGGGCGGACCUGAACGCGCAAGACGCCGACGGGCAGACCCCGCUUCAUUACGCAGCCAUCACAGAACAUCGAGAGGUGUACGAUCUCCUGGUGGAAUCUGGAGCGGACAUCAGCAUUAAAGACAGCCAAGGGGCAACGGCAGCGGCAAACGCGCCUGCCGGCUGGGGACUUGGGUAG